AUGGUGAGGUUUUGGAAUCAAUUAUUGAUUUAUAUUUCAUUAUUAGCUAUUUUUAAAACUUGUGAAAUUGGGAAAUGAAUGGUUUUUCCAUUUAUAUGAGAAAAUGGAUUAAAAAUGUGACAAUUUAUGGAAUUUUGUUGUAAAUCUUUCAUUGGACUACGCUAAAAAAACUUUUUUUGGCUUUUUAUUCCAAAGUUUUUUUACAUUUAAGUGUUUUAUUACAGUGCUUUAUUAUUUUUUUAAAUUUAAAUUUUUUUGAUCAUGGGUAAUUUUUCGAAUGAGAAAGAACCGCUAAAAAAAUCGCAUUUUUUUCUUCAAAAUAAGGAAGUUUUUUUAUAUUACAAAUAUAACUUUUUUUAAUUUUUCCGUAUAAAUUUCAAUAUUUUUUUCCAGUCGACCGGUUUGAUUGUGGCGGGCCUCGGGCUAGCCGCGGCGGGAUUUGGAGCCCGAUAUGUUUUGAGGAAUCAGGCGCUUCUGAAAAGAAGUAUCGAGGCGAUUCCGGGUGGCGCUGUUGGGUUUUUUGUCUAUUUUUGUGAUAAAAUGAUGUAUUUUUUUGAUGAAACUUGUCAUUUAUUCAGUUUUUUUGGACGUUAUUUAGGGAAUUUUUUUGUGAUGAAAUUCGACGAAAAAUUGAGCAAAAACUUGAUUUUUUUGAAAUUUUCGAGGAUUACGUUUGUAAUUUAUGAUUUAAUAACUUUGAACCUUUUUAAUGUAUGAAUUUAUAGUUCUAACGAUUGAUUUGAAACUGAUAGUUUGAAGGUUUUGAAAAGCAAAAUCUCUAAAAUUCGACCCUUUUUUUGAAAAAAAUAAUAAAUAGCUUUUUUUCGAAAUUCUGUAAUUUCCGCUAACAUUUUUUUCGGCUCAAACUAGCUUUUUAAUGAUCUUUUUUUCUGUUCUAGAAUAUUUUUUUGGAGGAUAUUAUGUAUAAUUUUCAGUUCGAAAAGUACUAUCGCGGAGGAUUUGACGCGAAAAUGAGCCGCAGGGAGGCUUCCCUGAUUUUGGGAAUCCCGGCCACCGCGAAACCGGCCAAAGUCAAAGAGGCCCACAAACGGAUCAUGAUCGUUAAUCAUCCGGAUCGAGGUUUGAUUUCAGAUUUGAUAAAUUAGAUGAGUUUUCAGUUUUUGGUUUGGGUUAAAAGAUAAAAAAUCAAAUAACCAACGUUGCGACGACAUUUAGAUCAUUUGAAAGGCAAAGUAAUCUUAGGGUAUUGAGAUUGAGAAAAAUUAGUUUUAUGGACUCAAAAUUUUUUUAUUUUUUUGAUUAAUUUUCUUUUUGAAAAUCAUAUUUUAUGUCGUUUUUAAGAAAAGGUUCAAAAUUUUUUAUUUUUUCGGUUUUAAAUGUCAAGUACCACUUUGUAGCUUUUUCGGUUCAUUUUUAACCUUUGAAAGCCAAAAAUUUCUUUAAAGAAGCAAAGUAUCGACGCGCGACAAACUUAAGAAUUCCAGAGUGGUCCCUAUAGGGGUUAAAGAGAAAAAAAACCCCUGUAGGGGCCUGACCCCUUAGCCCCUAGAAAUCAAGUGGCCCCUAUAGGGGUCUCUCUUAAAAUUUCAUUAUUUAUUCAGUUUUUCUCAUGGAAAGGCUUUUUUGCUUAGAGUUCAUAACACUUAUCGACUAUGUACCCUAUAGGGACCACUUUUGCAAGCUCUAGUGGCCCCUGUAGGAGUUGGUAAAGUGGUCCCUAAGGUUGCCCCUAGAGGGACCACUCUGGAUUUUCUAAGAAUAACUAAGAAAUCAUUUUUUUUUUGAUCUAAUUUUGCACAAAAAUUUAUAGUCAGAUUUUGAAUGCCCAGUAGAAUGACGUCAUUAGAAAACGCGCUCUGAUUGGUUCUUUAGGGGGCGGAGCUUGAGCUGAAAAGACUAUGACCCCACCAAACUCUCAAAUUUUCAGGAGGAUCCCCCUACAUUGCCGCCAAAAUCAACGAAGCCAAAGGAUUUCAUGGAAUCGAAUAA